AUGAGCCGCCACAUUUACGCUACUCGACAUGGAGCCGUGAAGUGCCCACUGUGCGACACCUACAUCGUGCCCCGCGGCUUCUUUGCAAGCCUGACAAAGUUGAUUGAGCGCCAUCGCGACCGCCAGCCGUCAGCGCCGGAAGCGAGGCUCUCACCACCGCAUUCGUCGUCCUCUACCAGCGCGGUGGCCUCUACCUCUAGCAGAGGUCCCGGGCCUCUGACCUCGAUUGCCAUCACUCACGCCCACUGCAUUGGACUGCCUGACUUCAAGUCCUAUGAAAAGGCAGACUUCGAGCUCCCGGGAUCAGCACAGGACUACAGUCUCCCCGGUGACUUCGAGAGUAGCGCGCAAGGCCGAGGCACGAGCUCCGCCUUAGUUCCAUGUGGGUCAGAGAGCGCCGGAGGCACCCGCACACCGUUUCGCUGCAUGGAGUGCUUGAAUCUUUGCGGCACGUGGACAAAGGCCACGAAGCAUAUGGAUAAGAGUGGACACACCCUUCCCCUCUGCGUGCAGUGCCUGAUGCGUCUACGCUGCUUCGGCCCUCAGCGGCCAAUAAAGCACGAGGAGAGCACCGGCCACUGUGGCUUCUACGGUGUCUUCUACACCCGUCGCGACUACCUCUGCGAACUGCAGGCGCCACGCAGCGUAUACAACUACAGCAACUCCUACACUGGGCUCUCCACACUCCAGUACAAGUGCGUUUGUGGCAUCUCGUUUCUCCACCCUCUGCACCUCGCUGAGCACCUGCGCCGGGUGCAUCACGCAACAUGCAUUAGGAAUGAGGCUGUCUGUCGCCGCUGCGAUACACGUGGGACGCUAGCGGAUUUAAUGGUGCAUCUUCGGCAGGGCUGCCCGCAGGUGACGCCGACCGUACAAAACAAUGGUAGCAGCACCACAUUUACCGACACUUCAGGCUCAUCGCCGACGGGCAGCAAUAUGCGGUUACCGUCGAUGACGUCGCCGAAUUGCCCCACUGCACCCUCGAAAGACCAGGAGGACCAAGGUAGGGCAGGGAGAAGCGGCGGUGACAAUGCUGCAGUGACGCCUCCCGUGAUCGAGAUACCCGGGUUCUCUGGUGCGUCGUUCCUGCAGUGGCGUCCGCUGCUGCCACCCAUGACGGCGGACGAUGUACCACUGAUGGACGAAUCGUAUGCAAUGUCGGGCUAUAUCAGCGGUCUUCGUGCGCUUGCGUCGCAGCCGGCGUCGUCAUCCUCUCACGUGGCCACCGCCGAGGUUCGCAAGGCAUCUUACGUCGUCCUGUACCAGUGCCGUGAGUGCCUGUUUCUCUUCUCCAGCUGGGAGCGUAUGGUGCACCACAUUCACGCCACUGGGCACUGCAGCACGUACUGCUGCAAGUGCAGGUGCGACCUGCCGCAGCUGGUGAACCACCCAACGCCGCAUGAGGCGAGCGGUGUGUCACGAUCUUCAACACAGCUACCAGGGUAUGGCGGUGCCGCCACAUCAGCGCCGGUAUUGGUUUGCUCCACCACGCUCAACGACCACCUCGACCACCUCCGUGGCUGUGGUGACGUCAUCGGCUUCCCCACAUCACCGAGGAGUCUUGAGGUGCUCGUUGACGUGAACGCCGAGUGCUACCAGGGCUCUCUCGACCCACCAGCAGACUUGUUUACUGGGGAUCGGGUCGUCAUGGCGUACCAGUGCCCAGCCGAGCAACUUGGCUGCUACGAGGUCUUUCUGACCUACGGCAAUCUUGUAGAACAUUUGAUGGCGACAGGACACGGCUCGAUCCAGUGUCCAGAUGACGCAGAAGGCUCCGACAGCACCCUUGCAACAAGACGGCUCUCUUCCUGCUAUCCGAUGGUGACCUAUCGGGCGAAGUUCACCGUGAUACAGCUGCGUUAUCACUUCGGCUUCUUACAGUGCCCCUACUGUGAAUCGGCCGUGCCGCGCGGAGAGGAGGAACUGCACGAGGCGCUCUGCAUCAUGCGCCGCCGCAUGGGACACUAG